CCACGAUAUCGUUAAAGUACGUCUUGCACAGUGAAAUUUCGCAGUAUCUUGUAGAAAAAUGGCUGAAACUCAAUAUCUUGACUCUCGGAUGGCGCUUCUGAACAAAAGACUUGAAGCUCUUAAACUAGGAAAGUACACUGAUUGCUCGUUCUUGGUCGGACCAGAAGAUGCAGACGCAAAGGAAGUGCACGCUGUUAAGUCGAUCAUGAUGAUGGGCAGCGAAUUUAUGGAAGGACUGUUUAACAGUCCUCUCCCUCUACCAAACCCUGUUCGCAUCAAUAACGUCGAGCCUCAUAUUUUCGAGCUCGUAGUGGAGUUCCUGCAUCUCACCGAAUUUAACUCCAACGUAGAUUGCAUGGACGUGGUUGAAUUGGCAAUAGCAGCCGAUCAUCUGCUGAUCGAAACGCUUAAAUCGCAUUGCAAGGCUUUGAUCGAGUCAAAAGUUACUGUGGAAAAUAUUUGGCCAGUAUUAAAUAGGGUCUUGGAAUUUGGCAUGGAAGACGUGGCUCAAGCCUGCAAUCAAGUUCUUUGUGACGAUACAAGAGCUUGCGUCGAAUCUUCUGAAUUUCUGCGAGCAUCCUCUGCGAGUUUAAACCAUAUGCUUUCAUUAGACGUUCUUUCGAUCACGUCAGAAAUCCAUCUAAUUGAUAUUUGUUGGAAAUGGGCUCAGCAUCAGGAGGAUGAGAGAGACGCAAUGCGUAGUUUGCUGACUGGAUUGCGGUUUUUAACUCUGACCCCCGUCGACGCGGCCAACCUCCCAGAUUUCCUGACGGACAAAGAGAAAGCGGCAAUCAUGGAAUAUUGCAUCACCAAAAACAAGAAGUCGGAUAUUCCUGCAACCCUGUGCGCCACGACCGCUCAGAGAGAGUACAUUCUUAUGGAGAUGACCCAGCUGAUUGCACUGGCGACAAAUGGCGAGGAAUCUGCGUGCGAGGAUCUGGCCAAGUUUUCAGAUUACUACGCAAUUUCCAACAAAAUCGAGUUCAGACCACUCCAAGACCUUUACAUAACAGGUCUUUCGUGCUUUGGCGUGAUUUUGGAGGGUUGCGUAAACCCCGGAAUAAAAUUUAACCCUUUGAAAAAUAGCUACGAGAAAAUUGAGACCAAAACAAGUGCGUUUAAUUGCACGGUGACACUCAGGGGUCUCGGCAACAAAGAUGAAACCUGGGAUCUGACCAAUCUACCCUCUAAUACGCCGUGGGCAGUAAAGCUAAGAGAACCCGUGCUUCUGAAGAAAAACAUCGAGUACUCUGCCAAUUUGCUUUACCAUCCUCGAAGCUGCAACUAUUAUUUUUUGAACAAACGAAACGAGGACGAUGUUAACAGCUCCCUACAAAAUUUGCUGCACCCAAGAGUGUUUUCUUCAUUUAAUGUGACUUGGUCCAGUGAUUACCACACGCAAAAUCGCAAUGGUUUGAAUGGACCAAUCUUUUUGCACAAUAUCAGCUAUGUAAUUAAAAAAUAAAACCUAAAAUGUA